CCGCCGGACCGGAUGAGCUUCUUGUAUACAGUACUGCUCCACUGCUGGAGUGGAUGACACGCACGCACGCGCCUCAACGUCUUCACGCGCCACGUGGAAAGCUCCCCGAUUCCUCCGCGCAGCAGCUUAUCGAUCCCGUUCCCAGAUCGUCUCCGCUCACCGGAGGAGUCAAGCAAAGCGCCGCCGGCCAUGCAUCGCCCCCGCCGUCUUCCGCUGCUCCUCCUCGUCCUCAUCGGCCUCCUCCCGGCCGUCGCGCGGGCCCAGCUCCCGCCGCCCCGCUUCCCGUCCCCCCACGCCCGGCCGCGGGCGGGGGUGGGAGGCGGGGUCGGCGGGGGCUACGAGUUCGAGACCCGCUACUUCCGGCAGCGGCUGGACCACUUCAGCUUCUCGGGCGAGGAGGAGUUCUUCCAGCAGCGCUACCUCGUGGGCCGCGCCGGCGGCUGGGCGGGCCCCGGCGGGCCCAUCUUCUUCUACUGCGGCAACGAGGGCGACAUCGCCUGGUUCGCCGCCAACUCCGGCCUCGUCUGGGAGGCCGCCCCGCGCUUCGCCGCCCUCGUCGUCUUCGCCGAGCAUCGCUACUACGGCGAGUCCAUGCCGUUCGGCAGCAAGGAGAAGGCUUACAACAGUUCCAGGUCCAUGGCGUAUCUCACGGCCGAGCAAGCGCUCGCUGACUACACCGUGCUGCUCACUGACCUCAAGAGGAACCUGUCAUCGGAAAGCAGCCCGGUGGUGCUCUUCGGAGGCUCAUACGGUGGAAUGCUUGCUGCUUGGAUGAGACUCAAGUACCCGCAUAUUGCAGUCGGGGCUCUCGCGUCGUCGGCUCCGAUCCUACAGUUCGAGGACAUUGUGCCUGACACCAUAUUCUACGACCUUGUUUCAAAUGAUUUUAAGAGGGAGAGUUUGAGCUGCUUCCAAACAAUAAAGGACUCAUGGAAAGAACUAGAUGAGCAGGGGAACGGGCAAGAUGGUCUUCUGAAACUAAGCAAAACGUUCCACCUUUGCCAGACCCUGAAUACCACGGGGGCCCUUUCGGAUUGGUUGAGCUCAGCGUACAGUUAUCUGGCCAUGGUGGAUUACCCAAUGCCGUCUGAGUUUCUCAUGCCUUUGCCUGCCAACCCAAUUAAGGAAGUAUGUAGAAAUAUUGACAAGCAACCAGAGAGGAGCAGUAUACUGGAACGAAUUUAUGCAGGAGUAAAUAUAUACUACAAUUAUACUGGUACAGUUGACUGCUUUGAUCUAGAUGAUGAUCCUCAUGGAAUGGGUGGUUGGGAUUGGCAGGCUUGUACUGAGAUGGUAAUGCCAAUGUCUUCUAGUGAAGGUCUUAGCAUGUUUCCACCAGAUGAAUUCGACUAUGCAUUGUAUGCUGAUGACUGUGUCAAAAACUUUGGUGUUAGGCCAAGGCCUCGAUGGAUCUCCACAGAGUUUGGUGGCCAUAAUAUUAGUUCUGUUCUGGAGAAAUUUGGUAGUAACAUCAUAUUCUUCAACGGACUUCUCGAUCCAUGGAGUGGUGGAGGCGUCCUGAAGAACAUAUCUGACAGUGUUGUUGCCAUUGUGGCUCCACUAGGAGCGCAUCACAUAGACCUGCGCCCGGCGACCAAGCAGGACCCGGAUUGGCUCGUAAGCCUGAGAGAAUCGGAACUCGAGAUCAUAUCCGGCUGGCUAUCAGAUCACUACCGGGCACGAGGGGGCGCGCUCUUUCAGCGUGCAACCAACGAUGACUCGGCUGCCUCGUGAGGAAACCACACUGCUCCUUUCUUACCAUGGGUCCCAAAGUUGCAAAUGUGGUUUACUCGUUCCCUUGCUAAGGAUUCGGUUCCAACUGACAAGAGAUGGUCAUCUCAGCAGCUCAACUCCCAGCUAUCGUCGCCGGCUGCUGCGCCGCGGAGAUGAGGACCAUAACGCCGUACGCUGAUCUCGCUUUGACUGUGCGGUGUUAAUAAUUAUGCUUGUAAAUUGUAAUGGGCUGGUGCGUCGUUCCUGGUUUCACAUAGAGCAGACAAUGAUGUGAAGCUACCAGAAAAGAGAUCUUUGUCGGACA